AUAUACCUUGAGAUUGUCCGCUGCUGGCCAACGUGUUCAUCGAGUGCGGCAAGUCGUCGCCAACAAGCGCGGUCCCGUCGGUGCCGGAACUUGUUCUACGUGGUUUCUCGCAGUUUCUCGCUGGUUGACUGACUUCUAUGGGCGGUCAGCACGUUGAACGCCGCCAAACAAGGAGAGCUCGUCCCGCCAUCGUUCCUUCCCGCCCCAAAGCCACGCCAGCACGGACAUACGAACAAACUGGCUGCCCCUGCCACCGAGUGCGAGCAAGCUGGCGUUUCAACCGGCGGCUGCGGCAGGAUCGGGCCCUUUCGGCGGCUGCCAGGCGUCCGCCGGCGGCGCGGCCAUGGCGGCUGCGUACCACCACCUCAAAGGUCCUGCGGCUGCGUACUCCAUGAACGGCAUCGGACUGCACACCUCGGCGGGCGUCGAUCUGCUUCACCCAGGCUACCCCGCGCACGGACCGAUACGGCUGGACAAGUAUCGCGAUGAGUGGGAUCAACCACCAGUGCUAGAUGACGUCUGGUACGGAUCACCCGGCUGCCCAAGAGGACAUGAUGCACAUGACGUCUACGAUUGGUCGUGGUAUGCGUCAGGACCAGCUCCCCGCAAGCAGCGGCGCGAACGGACGACGUUCACGCGGGCCCAGCUGGACGUUCUGGAGGCGUUGUUCAGCAAGACCCGCUACCCUGACAUUUUCAUGCGCGAAGAGGUCGCGCUCAAGAUCAACCUUCCGGAGUCCAGGGUUCAGGUGUGGUUCAAGAACCGUCGCGCCAAGUGCCGCCAGCAGCAGCAACAGCAGCAGAACGGCUCCGCUUCCUCCAAGCCCCGACCCAAGAAAGCCAAGAGUCCUGCGCCGUCCUCCAGCCCGACGUCGUCGAGUCGGGGCGAGUCCCCGUACAAGCCUUCGGCGCUCGUCGCCUCCUCCCCGCUGGCUAGCGCCGCCGCGUCGCCGCUCCACCAACAGCCCAGCGCCAUCUGGAGUCCCGCGGCCAUCAGUCCAGCCGUGGCUGAGCUCAUGAACGCCCACCAGCGGUCCCCCUACCACGCGGGCGCCGCCACGUCAGCCCCUUCGCACGUCGUCCAAGGACCAGCCGUGUCCGUGAGCCAGAGCACCCUAUCGGCCGGUGGACCUCAGCACGGGCCGCCUCACUCGCUCCAGACAGGAAGUUGCUACGCCCCCGCGGUACCCUACGCGUCGCCGCACUACUACACCGGCAUGGACUACCUGAGCGGCCAGAUGCACCAGACGCCGCCGCCCCCGCCGCACGCCUCGUCCCUGCAAGGUCCGCACCCCACGUCUCACCAUCAAGACCGACCCGGGGUGUUGAGUACGCGGACACCUCCUGCUGGUGACUGCCUGGAGUACGGCGCCUCGUCGGCGGGUGAGAAGGCGAGUGGUGGUCCCUGGAAGUUCCAGGCUCUCUGAGGGCCAACAAAAACAGCAGACCCCGCGGUGUGCGUGUGUUUGUGGGGGCGGGUGGGCUCCUCUCGCGCGUGUUUGUUACCCAUCACGCUUGAAGCAGCCUGCGAGUAUGUGCACCGCCCUCUUGUGAUACGCCCGGGACAAUCGCAUCGCUUCGUCACUUCUUCUUCAUGUGCGUCUGUGUGUAUGGAUGUGCGUGUGCAUGUGCGUGUGUACAUAUGGAACAUUUUGUAGAGGGCAACCCGUCGUCGACAGUGUCGUCGAAGGUCCCACGAAUGGCGGGCACAUCUCAUUUGGACCUCAACUUGCGCUGUCUGCCAUGAACUGAAGUCAACGGAGAGAUAGGAGAACAUAUAGGAGGUGCGCGGUCGCUCUCCAAAUGCCAAUCCCAAGCUCUCCUCCGCUUCACACUUUACCGCCAUCAGCCACCAAGUAAACGAAUCAGAUACCGUCAACUAGCUACGGCAGUCGACCAUCAGCGACAUCAAAAGCAGCAGCAGUGGCAUUACCAUCAGCAAGUCUCCAAGGUGGUCCCCAUUCUUUUAACACAGCCGGCAGUGUGCCAGUGCGUGUGGCAAGCAAGCGCUUCGUCUCGUGUUGUUACGGGAACGCUAGACGCUUGACUUUCAGCUAAGCUUCUAUUUAAGCUGUAAAUAAAAAUCGAAA